UGUUGUUGCCAAGUGUCUGAGGCUUACCGGAAGUUUGGUGGAAGGUGAAAGGCAAAAUGGCAGCGUUCUUACUGCGGACAAAUGGAUCAAAGGCAUUAAAGUGUGUAUAUUUGGAUAUUUUGGGGUUUAACAAAAUAGCAUCUAUAACCUUUUGCACAAAGCCUUUGGAACCAAAGAAAAACGUCAAGGGCAGUAAAACAAAGGUGCCAACCAGCACUAUUGAAGAAUCUAAAGAGAUGGAUUUUGACAUUUCAACCUAUAAGAAUCUUCAACAUCAUGAUUAUAGCACCUACACCUUUGUGGACUUUGAUCUUGAAUUAGCUAAACUCAGACUGCCGCAGCCCAUAUCUGGUAGAAAAUAAUCACUGGAAAAAAACAAAAAAUCUUCAAGCAAAUUGUUUUGGUGAAAUAAUACAUUUUGUACCAAAAUACUAGCUAAAUACAGUAUUUGACUCAUAAUAAAUAACAUUUUAUUGUAUUCACUUAUAUGUAUGACUGCAUGUAAAAGCAAUCUAAUUUCAUGUUAAAAUAGAGAGAAAUCUUGGACUUUAAUCAGUGAUCUGACUUUAUCAUGAUUGUUACUUUUCUGUGAACUAUCUUAGCAUUUUGUAAUUACUUCUGCAUCUUGUUCUUCUAGAAAUUAUCUGUAUGUGAAGAAUGUUUCAUAUCUUCAGGAUAUUAAUAUAGGCAUUUGCUGCAGGCUUAUAUCUGGCCCAUCAUCUUUUGGUUCAAUGACCAUUUAUUAAAGACUCGUCUGAAACCAGUCUGAGCAA